UCAUAUACAAUACUGGAGAGAGACACACAACAAAGGCAAACCCUUUCUUCAUCAUCUUCGGUGUCAUCUGCCUUGCCUCCCACGUGAAAAAUCACACAGUUCAAAAGCACUAAAAAGUUACGGCCACCUAGAGACGAAGCUGUAAAAUGUAUCCAUGGCAUCGCUCCUUCCAUCGUAAUGGUGGGACCCCCUUACGGAAACCCCUUACACGAAAAUGACGGAAACACCCUUCCCGUUCUACAUCGGAGAGUCAAACUCGAUAUAUCAGUUAAAGCCUCCGGCUUUGUUUCCAUCCUUCUUGCAUUGUUUCAAUGGAUUCUCUCCCGAAGCAGACACUGAUGAACCCGAACAAGCAUCUCAAAGAACAAUUCGUCAGCAAUCUGGAUGGAUCCUCGAUGCUGGAAGUCGCCGCACUUUUGACCAUUGUACCCGUUUUGGUUCUUCUUCGCUACUCGAUUGGUUCCCACCUGAAAAUCGGAGUUGGAGUGCUUACGGACAUGCUUUAUCCUUGGAUUUCUUCUUCAUUGUCCUUCCCAUGCUUUUGUUUUUCACUGUGCUAUCUGACUGGAUCUACUCGGGGGCAAUUUUGUUGUCGACGAUGCUGAUUCUUUCCGUGAUUUCCAAAAGGUCUUAUCCUAGGUUGACGGUUGGACCACCUUUCUCGUUCAGAGCAAGCAUAUCGUCGUAUAGAGUUGCUCUGAUGUUAAUUACAUGUUUGUGUAUCUUGGCUGUGGACUUCACUAUUUUCCCGAGAAGGUACGCCAAGACAGAGACUUAUGGUACUAGCUUGAUGGAUCUUGGAGUCGGCUCCUUUGUGCUGGCAAAUGCCGUAGUUUCACGGGAAGCUCGAGAUAUCUCAUCAGUGAACUGGAUAACUGGACUUAAAGCAACCACUCCUCUAUUUUUGCUUGGGUUUAUUCGUUUAGUUACUACUAGAGGCGUGGAUUAUCAGGUCCAUGUUACGGAAUACGGAGUUCACUGGAAUUUCUUUUUCACACUUGCAGCCAUCUCGGUUCUCACAUCAUUUUGCCACAUUCCGGCCAAGCACUCUGGAAUCAUUGGUUUUGCUGUUCUUAUUGGGUACCAAACUUGGUUGGUUAAUGGGCUGAAUACAUAUCUGCUUUCGGAUGAAAGAGGAGCCGACAUCAUCAGCCAGAACAAGGAAGGAGUCUUCAGCAUUUUCGGAUAUUGGGGGAUGUACCUUCUUGGUGUUCAUUUAGGCUACCAUCUCUUCUACACGAAAAAGACGUCUAUUAGUAGGAGCAGUACGAGGGCAAUCGCUAGGGUCUUUCUCGUCUCGUUUCUGUUGUGGGUCUUGACUAUACUUCUGGACAACUAUGUCGAGAGAAUUUCUCGCCGUUUGUGCAACAUGCCUUACGUUACUUGGGUUCUUGCCCAAAAUCUUCAGGCAGUAGGGAUAUUUAUGCUGUCUGCAUAUAUCCCUGCAAGUGGACUUUCAUCGCUGGAAGAAGCAUUCGACCGAAACCUGUUGCCUACAUUUCUGCUUGCAAAUGUUCUUACGGGAGUGGUGAACCUCUGGGUGGAUACCAUCUUCAUCUCGCCAGCCCCAUCCCUCGUGAUAAUGAUCGCUUACGCAUUUGCCUUAUCCGCUGCAAUGGGAGCCGUUCAUUUCUCCGGCGUCCGAUUAAAGUUUUGGUAAACAUCCUCGGACCCUCUAUUGGUCCAAACCACAGUUUAAGACGGAGAGCCGUUUGGUUAUAGAUAUUACAACCGUUUAGACCAAACUUCAAGACACAUUGUUCUUUUUGGGCCCUCAACUUGUGUUACGGUGUUUGGAAAAAGAUUAUCCAUUUUCCCUUUUGGAGCUUUCUUGCA